UUCACUCUUGGCUGUCUUCUUCGUUAGACUGGGAGGCAGAGCCGGAGUCGUGCCCAGGCCCAGCGGGGGCUGCAGCCUGAGCCCGGCGGUGUCCUCCGCCUGCCCCCUCGCCCUCCUCAGCCUCGGUGCCUUGGAAUUUGUGUUGCUGAGUCAGCAAGCCUUUCAGAUUUGCCCGGUUUUGGUUGUUUGCAUUUUAUAUCAAGAUGGGAACUCAAACAAGUCAUUCCUCCUAAGGAUCUGGUAUCUCCAUCAAGAAGGCACAGUUUGUGCCAGCUCUCCAGAGAGAAAAGGUCUCCUGGAAGCGCUGGGCAAUGAACCUGAGACUGCAGCCCAGAGUGGUCUGAAGCCGCUGGGGAGAACAGAGGGAGUCCUGGAGAAGAUGGCCAUGGCCCCAAGCCCUUCCCUGGCUCAGGUGUACACCAGCCCCGUGGCAGUGGCCGUGUGGGAAUGGCAGGACGGGCUGGGCACCUGGCACCCCUACAGUGCCACUGUUUGCAACUACAUCGAGCAGCAGUUUGUCCAGCAGAAGGGCCAGCGCUUCGGGUUGGGGAGCCUGGCCCACAGCAUCCCCUUAGGCCAAGCUGACCCCUCACUGGCUCCUUAUAUCAUCGACCUCCCCAGCUGGACGCAGUUCCGCCAGGACACUGGCACCAUGCGGGCUGUGCGGAGGCACCUGUUUCCCCAGCACUCGGCCCCGGGCCGGGGCGUCGUCUGGGAGUGGCUGAGUGACGACGGCUCCUGGACGGCCUACGAAGCCAGCGUCUGCGACUACCUGGAGCAGCAGGUGGCCAGGGGCACCCAGCUCGUGGACUUGGCUCCCCUGGGGUACAACUACACUGUCAACUACGCCGCCCACACGCAGACCAACAAGACUUCCAGCUUCUGCCGGAGCGUGCGGCGCCGGGCAGGGCCCCCGUACCCAGUGACCACUGUCAUCGCUCCGCCGGGCCACACGGGGGUGGCCUGCUCUUGCCAUCAGUGCCUCGGCGGCGGCACAGCCGGCCCCGUGUCAGGCCGCUACCGCCACUCCAUGACCAACCUUCCCGCCUACCCAGUCCCCCAGCCACCCCACAGGACCACCGUUGUUUUGGGGGCCCACCAGGCCUUUUCUCCGUACAACAAGCCCUCACUCUCUGGGGCCAGGUCUGCGCCCAGGCUGAGUACCGCCAACCUCUGGGCUGGGGCGCUGCCCUCCCUGGGGAACCAGCCCCUCUACCGCUCCAGCCUCUCCCACCUGGGACCUCAGCACCAGCCCCCAGGACUGUCCGCUGCCGGCGCAGCCAGUGCCUCCCUGCCCGGCGGUCCAGUGAGCAGCCCCAGGAGCGCCCCCGCCACGGUGCCCAUACGGAUGCCGAAGCCCAGCAGGGUCCAGCAAGCUCUCGCAGGCAUGACGAGUAUUCUGAUGUCAGCCAUUGGACUCCCUGUGUGUCUUAGCUGCGCACCCCAGCCCGCCAGCCCUCCCGCCUCCUGUCUGGCCUCUAAAAGUCACAGCUCAGUUAAGAGAUUGAGGAAAAUGUCCAUGAAAGGAGGGCCUCCAAAGCCAGAGCCAGAGCAGGUGAUAAAAAACUACACAGAAGAGCUGAAGACGGCCCUGGAUGAGGACUGCAUCAUCUGUAUGGAGAAGCUGUCCGUGGCGUCCGGCUACAGCGACGCGACCGACAGCAAGACCUUCGGGCCGGUGGCUGUGGGCCGCUUGGCCAAGUGCAGCCACUCCUUCCACCUGCUCUGCCUGCUGGCCAUGUACUGCAACGGGAACAAGGAUGGAAGCUUGCAGUGUCCUUCCUGUAAAACCAUCUAUGGGGAGAAAACUGGAACCCAGCCCCGGGGGAAGAUGGAGGUGUUCACGUUCCAGGUGUCCCUCCCCGGCCACGAGGACUGUGGGACAAUCCUCAUAGUCUACAACAUUCCCCAUGGCAUUCAGGGCCCGGAACACCCCAACCCUGGAAAGCCGUUCACCGCCAGAGGGUUUCCCCGCCAGUGCUACCUUCCGGACAACGCCCAGGGCCGCAAGGUCCUGGAGCUGCUGAAGGUGGCCUGGAAGAGGCGACUUAUCUUCACAGUAGGGACGUCCAGCACCACGGGGGAGACCGACACGGUGGUGUGGAACGAGAUUCACCACAAGACAGAGAUGGACCGCAACGUGACAGGCCACGGCUACCCCGACCCCAACUACCUACAGAACGUGCUGGCCGAGCUGGCCGCCCAGGGGGUGACUGAGGACUGCCUGGAGCAGAAGUGACCUGGGGGCACAGGCGUGCUCCGCCCAGAGCCCAGGCUCCUCCUGCCCGCCUGCCCGCCCCCGUCCCCGUCCCCACCAGGCCCGGGUCUGCGUGGGAACUGGGCGAGCCUGGGAGUCAUGCUUGUGAGAGCUUCGGAUGCAGCUACCUCAGUGCGUGGGCCCCUCCGUCCUCGGUGGGCCGCGUUGGGCCCUCGGUGCUGGGGGCCCUGCAGGGGGUAAGGAGAGACUGCCUGCUGCGCCCCCAGCCAGGGGCAGGCCUGGGUCUAGGUCAGCUUCUCAUACCUCAGAUGUUCUGUUUGCAAUAAAUGCCCUAUAGCCAAAGUCAGCGGGCCCUGGUGGGUUUGUCAGUGGAGAGGCUGCGUGUGUGCGUGUGUGUAAAAUCUGAUGCGUGAAGGCCAGCACACACGUCCUGCUGCGUCAGAACCGGAAGGGGCCUUAUAGGCUGCCCAUCCAACCCCCUAAAUGAAGAAACCAAGGCUGCAGUGAGGCCGGGAGCCGGGCGCUGACCUGAGCCGCUCCCCGGGCCCCGCCCCAGUUCUUGCAGUGCGCAGUCGAGCAGCUCUGCCAGGGCCCCUCCCGUUUCCUUCCCCAGGGUUCCGGCUUUCUAAGCACUGCUCACAUGGGGCCGGUGCUGCUGUCUUCAUUCUACAGGUGAGGAAACUGAGGUUCAAGGGUACAGUGACGGCGGUAGAGCCGGGACUGGAAUCCCGGACAGGAUUGAUCUGACCCCAUCCUCAAAGUUCUCAUCCUUCCCAACCUUCUUAGAAGGAGGAUCCAAUACUCGCAGGCUUGCUGUCUGCCUGGCGGGGGUGAGUGUGGCCUGGGGCUGAAGAGACACACACCCAAUAACGAGUAACUUAACGGAUGUGGGGGAGGGGGUUUGCGUUCACAAGCCCGUCUCCGUCAUAAGAAAAGGACUGAAAUUCUAUGUUAGGUCGCCCUGGUACAAAGAUGAAUAUAUGUUAGAGCAUUUUCUUGCAUCUAGAAGUUCCUUUUCUUUUUUCUUUCUGAUUUUAAAAGAAAUUAAAGCAUUUUUGUGGACCCCUAGCAGUAUCGUGGGCCCUGGGCACUGUGCCCACUGCCUCGUGGAGAAGUUGGCUGGGGAGGGCAGGGAGGCCUCCAUAGAGAAGCUGGACCCCAAUCCUGUUUGGUUCCACGGUGAGACUCGCUCCACCGCUCACAGGGCACAGGAGUUGGGUGGGCACCCGAGUGCCGCCACCAUGCUCGGCUCCCACCAUUACAGCACAGUGAGAGUCAGAAUCGGAGAAAAUGCUCGCAAAUCUUAUGCCUGAUAGGGGUCUCGUAUCCAAAAAAUAUCAAGAACUCUUACAACUCAACAAUAAAAAGACAGAUCCCCAAUUUUCAAAAAAUGGGCAAAGGACUUGAAUAGACAUUUCUCUGAAAAAGAUAUACAGAUGGCUGACAAGCACGUGGAAAAUGCUCAACGUCAUUAGGGAAACGCAAAUCAAAACCACAAAGUGAUACCACUUCAUACCCAUUAGGGUGGUUAUUAUUAAAAAAAAAAAGCAGGGAAUAAAUAUUGGUGAGGAUGUGGAGAAAUUGGAACCCUCA